AUGUUUGUGAGAGUAUUUGUAAGAGUGUUUGUAAGAAUCCAAGUUGUGACAAAUGAUAUCCACAACACUUUACAAGCUCUCCUCGCCCACAUGGAAGCUUUGGAAGCAUGUUCUGCUGCUUCUCCUGUGACCCUUGAUGGUUCUCCUGCUGAUAUAGACGACAUAAUGCUACCUACCAACCAUAUUGUCAAACGACCUAUUGCAUCUGAUCUCACUCCCUUCCCCAAACUUAUUAAAUACCAAGCCCCUGUUCUCAACUACAGUGGCAUGAGAACUCACACUAAACGUACUGAUGCUCAACUCGCUGAAAUUCAGUUCUGCCUAUCUGGUCUCACCCAUUCCAUUGACCUAUUCGUACAUGAUGUACUUGUGGAAGGAUCUAUCCAGGUUACACAGGCGUUGGGUUUUGUCAACACUAUGCAUGAAUUACUAUCAGAUCUUGCCUCUGUUGUCACCCAGAUGCGUAGUGAUAAUAUCUGCCUAGAUGUCAAUCUACCUAUCACACUAAUUGUCACCAACUCUGCCUUAGAGCCCAAACCACUUCUCGACUCUCAACGAAUUGUGGAACAAACUAAGCUCCAGCAUGCUUUGCAUGACGCCACAUGA